UGCCGUUUCCGCUAUUAUCUUUGUCCAAGAAUGAUUUCCACGUUCAUUAAAAAUGGUUGCAAAUUAACCGAUUGCUAUCAAAACGAACGAUCUGGCUAGAGCAAGAACAUGUGGAAUAAGCUAAAUCAAAUAGUAUCUGGUGAGCAGCAAAAAAUUGAAAACCUUGAAUCCCAGUUGGAAGCUGAGCAACAGAGAAAUAAAGCAAUUAAUGAGCAAUUUAAAAAGCUACUCAGAGAUAAAGAUAAAGAAAUUCAAAGCUUGAAAGCAAGUGGUAAUGUACCUUCUUCAGAUAAUGUUUUACAAAAUGAUAGAGAAGAAAUUAAAGAUGAGCUCAAGCGUUUGCAACGUAAAUUGGAGGAGUAUCAAAUGUUAAAUUUGCAAAAAGAUGAAAAUAUACAAACACUUAUGCAACAAGUUCAUGAAGCUGAAGAACUGAAGGAUAAGGUUGAAGCCCAAGAAAGAAUAAAUUCAGAAAAAUUAAUGUUUGAAUUAGCUGGAAGAAUUGAAGCUCAUGAAAGAAUCAGCAAUAAACUAGAAGAAAUGCGUAAUGUUAUGACUGAGAAAGAUAUAGCCGUACAAAAUAUGGCUGAUGAGAUGGCUGCUAAAGAUCAACUUCUUAAAACUAAAGAAGAGGCUGUUAAAAGGCUUAAAGUGCUUACUCAAGGAUCUGAAGUUACUGAGCAGUAUAUUCAAUCCCUAGAAAAUGAUAAAAAAGAACUUGCUAAAGAAGUGGAUAAAUUAAUUGGAACAAUUCAAGUUCUAGAAAAAAAAAAUAUUUCAAAAAGUGACACACCUGUUGCAUUUGAUAAGAAUGAAAGAGUUAAUCAGCUGCAAGAUCUUGUUCGAAAACUUGAAUCUGAGUCCAAAAGUAUUCACAAUCAACUAGAAAAAUCUGCUAUUAAAAUAAAAGAUCUUCAAAGUCAUUUAGAACAAUCAGAAGAAAAAGCAAGUUCUCUAGAGGCACAUAAUAUUCAACUAAGCAAGAUGUUUGAAGAAAAGACAAAAGAAAUAGAGAAUCUUUUUGAGAAUUUUAAAUUAAAAGAAAAAGAAGCCAUUAUGUUUGAAAAAAAGUACAGAGAUGAGGCUGAGCAGGUUUUAAAAUAUAAAGAUCAACUAGAUCAGCUUGGGGCUGAACUCACUAAUGCUAUUGAUGUUGAAAGAAAUUCUAACAAUUUUCUAAAGGAUGAUCUAGAUUCAUUUUCUAAAAAAUUAUUGUUUGUUGAGGAAAAAAAUAAAGAGCUUUUAAAUGAGCUAGAUGUGACUAGCUAUACUUUGCAGAAGAUACUAGAAUUAGAUAGCUUUAAGGAAAAAUAUCAAGAAAAAAUACCAGAAUUCCGUCAAAAUAGAGAAAAUGAUCUUUCAUAUCACAAAAACGAUGGCCUAGAUUCAGCAGUAUCAUUUUCAAACCAACAACAAAAGAAUUCAAUUGAUUAUAUAAGUAACAGGUGCAGCAUUCUUAACAAAGAAAUAGAAGACAUAAAAGUUUUACUUAAUGAAGCUAAUAUAAAAAAUAUAAAUCUUGAAAAGUAUAUUUCUGACACAAACUCAGAAAUAAGUAAGAUUUGUAGAACUUAUCUCUCAAGCAAUGAUUUUGUUUCUAAUGAGAUUCUUGAAAAAGAUGACACAAAAAAAGAAUUAGCUGCAAUUCAAAACAUGUUGAUGAUAAGAAGUGAUAAUUUCAGUGAGUUAAAGAAAAGUUUAUUAGAAAAAGAUGAAACUGAAAAAUUACUUAAAAAGGAAAUUUAUGAUCUUAAAUCCGAGUGUAGUGGUCUUAGUGCAACAAUCAAAGAACUUGAGAAUGUUGUCUUGAAACUUGAUGAUGAUCUUUUAAAUGCAAAUAACAAACUCAGCGUAGCCAAAAAUCAAGAAGAUUUGUUAAAGGAUGCUUUAAAAACUGAAACAAUGCGUAUCACUGAUAUGGAAAAUGCACUUGGUAUUUUUGUGAAAAAUGCACAUAAAGAUUUUUCAGUGGAUAAUUUUGAAGAAAUUUUAAACAUACUUGAAUGUGAAAGAAAAGAGUUAGAAGAAUCACUAAUAAGCGCUAUAAAGGAGCGUGAUAAUUUUCAAGAAAAUAAUGCUAGAUUUGAAAACUUACUAGCUGCAGAAAAGCAACGGUUCAAUCAAGUGUUAUCCCAAAUAGAUGUAUUAAAGUCUUCUCAUGAAGUUAGUGAAAAAGAAAUGAUUAAUGCAAUAAACAAGUUAAAUGAGGAAGUUAAAUCUUUAAAAUUAAUGUUGAACAAUGCUGAUACUGAAAAAGAACUUUUGCUUUCCAAAGAAAAGAGUAUGGAUUUCAAAGUUAUUCAGUUAGAAAAUGAAUUAGUAGCCAAGAAAGAACAAAUUGAUUUAUUGGUUGAAAAACUAGACAAACUCAAUUCUAUAAUUAAAGAAAAUGAAUCCUCUAAAAAUCAGCAGUUAAUUGAAGAAGUUAACUUGAAAAAUAUUGAAAUAAGAAAGAUAAAAAAUGAUUAUGAAAGAGAAAUUGCUGAAUUAUUAGAUUGUUAUAAGUCAAUUAGUCAGGAACAGGAACUAAUAAAAAAAGUAAAUGAUAAAAAGGAGGCCGAGUUAAUUGAAAGUCAAGCAGUUCUUGUAAGUAAGGAAUCUGAAUUAAAUGCCACUCUACAGACGUUGUCAACAACUACUGAGAGUUUAGCCCAAACUAAAGAUCAGUUAGUUCAAUCGGAGGAAAAUAAUAACAGUGUUACCAAUGAACUUAAGGUGACGAAAGCCAGUUUUGAAGCCCAAAAAGUAGAAUUGAACUCUGCUGUUUCAGAGCUCACUGAAACCAAGGCUUGUUUAUGCGAGACUCUGAAUGAGCUGACUGCAGUCAAACUAAAACUAAGUGAUGUCGAAAUGCAGAAGCUUGAUUUAACAACGGAGCUGAGCUCAACUGUUUCAGCUCUUGACAGCACCAGAAAUGCAUUGAGUGAUCUUAAAAAGGAAAGUAGUACGUUACUCGCAGAACUGAAAGAAAAGCUAUGCGACACCGAAGACUUGUUAUCUAAGACUAUUCUGGAGCGGGACAGAAAGGAGGCCGAGUUAAUUGAAAGUCAAGCAGUUCUUGUAAGUAAGGAAUCUGAAUUAAAUGCCACUCUACAGACGUUGUCAACAACUACUGAGAGUUUAGCCCAAACUAAAGAUCAGUUAGUUCAAUCGGAGGAAAAUAAUAACAGUGUUACCAAUGAACUUAAGGUGACGAAAGCCAGUUUUGAAGCCCAAAAAGUAGAAUUGAACUCUGCUGUUUCAGAGCUCACUGAAACCAAGGCUUGUUUAUGCGAGACUCUGAAUGAGCUGACUGCAGUCAAACUAAAACUAAGUGAUGUCGAAAUGCAGAAGCUUGAUUUAACAACGGAGCUGAGCUCAACUGUUUCAGCUCUUGACAGCACCAGAAAUGCAUUGAGUGAUCUUAAAAAGGAAAGUAGUACGUUACUCGCAGAACUGAAAGAAAAGCUAUGCGACACCGAAGACUUGUUAUCUAAGACUAUUCUGGAGCGGGACAGAAAGGAGGCCGAGUUAAUUGAAAGUCAAGCAGUUCUUGUAAGUAAGGAAUCUGAAUUAAAUGCCACUCUACAGACGUUGUCAACAACUACUGAGAGUUUAGCCCAAACUAAAGAUCAGUUAGUUCAAUCGGAGGAAAAUAAUAACAGUGUUACCAAUGAACUUAAGGUGACGAAAGCCAGUUUUGAAGCCCAAAAAGUAGAAUUGAACUCUGCUGUUUCAGAGCUCACUGAAACCAAGGCUUGUUUAUGCGAGACUCUGAAUGAGCUGACUGCAGUCAAACUAAAACUAAGUGAUGUCGAAAUGCAGAAGCUUGAUUUAACAACGGAGCUGAGCUCAACUGUUUCAGCUCUUGACAGCACCAGAAAUGCAUUGAGUGAUCUUAAAAAGGAAAGUAGUACGUUACUCGCAGAACUGAAAGAAAAGCUAUGCGACACCGAAGACUUGUUAUCUAAGACUAUUCUGGAGCGGGACAGAAAGGAGGCCGAGUUAAUUGAAAGUCAAGCAGUUCUUGUAAGUAAGGAAUCUGAAUUAAAUGCCACUCUACAGACGUUGUCAACAACUACUGAGAGUUUAGCCCAAACUAAAGAUCAGUUAGUUCAAUCGGAGGAAAAUAAUAACAGUGUUACCAAUGAACUUAAGGUGACGAAAGCCAGUUUUGAAGCCCAAAAAGUAGAAUUGAACUCUGCUGUUUCAGAGCUCACUGAAACCAAGGCUUGUUUAUGCGAGACUCUGAAUGAGCUGACUGCAGUCAAACUAAAACUAAGUGAUGUCGAAAUGCAGAAGCUUGAUUUAACAACGGAGCUGAGCUCAACUGUUUCAGCUCUUGACAGCACCAGAAAUGCAUUGAGUGAUCUUAAAAAGGAAAGUAGUACGUUACUCGCAGAACUGAAAGAAAAGCUAUGCGACACCGAAGACUUGUUAUCUAAGACUAUUCUGGAGCGGGACAGAAAGGAGGCCGAGUUAAUUGAAAGUCAAGCAGUUCUUGUAAGUAAGGAAUCUGAAUUAAAUGCCACUCUACAGACGUUGUCAACAACUACUGAGAGUUUAGCCCAAACUAAAGAUCAGUUAGUUCAAUCGGAGGAAAAUAAUAACAGUGUUACCAAUGAACUUAAGGUGACGAAAGCCAGUUUUGAAGCCCAAAAAGUAGAAUUGAACUCUGCUGUUUCAGAGCUCACUGAAACCAAGGCUUGUUUAUGCGAGACUCUGAAUGAGCUGACUGCAGUCAAACUAAAACUAAGUGAUGUCGAAAUGCAGAAGCUUGAUUUAACAACGGAGCUGAGCUCAACUGUUUCAGCUCUUGACAGCACCAGAAAUGCAUUGAGUGAUCUUAAAAAGGAAAGUAGUACGUUACUCGCAGAACUGAAAGAAAAGCUAUGCGACACCGAAGACUUGUUAUCUAAGACUAUUCUGGAGCGGGACAGAAAGGAGGCCGAGUUAAUUGAAAGUCAAGCAGUUCUUGUAAGUAAGGAAUCUGAAUUAAAUGCCACUCUACAGACGUUGUCAACAACUACUGAGAGUUUAGCCCAAACUAAAGAUCAGUUAGUUCAAUCGGAGGAAAAUAAUAACAGUGUUACCAAUGAACUUAAGGUGACGAAAGCCAGUUUUGAAGCCCAAAAAGUAGAAUUGAACUCUGCUGUUUCAGAGCUCACUGAAACCAAGGCUUGUUUAUGCGAGACUCUGAAUGAGCUGACUGCAGUCAAACUAAAACUAAGUGAUGUCGAAAUGCAGAAGCUUGAUUUAACAACGGAGCUGAGCUCAACUGUUUCAGCUCUUGACAGCACCAGAAAUGCAUUGAGUGAUCUUAAAAAGGAAAGUAGUACGUUACUCGCAGAACUGAAAGAAAAGCUAUGCGACACCGAAGACUUGUUAUCUAAGACUAUUCUGGAGCGGGACAGAAAGGAGGCCGAGUUAAUUGAAAGUCAAGCAGUUCUUGUAAGUAAGGAAUCUGAAUUAAAUGCCACUCUACAGACGUUGUCAACAACUACUGAGAGUUUAGCCCAAACUAAAGAUCAGUUAGUUCAAUCGGAGGAAAAUAAUAACAGUGUUACCAAUGAACUUAAGGUGACGAAAGCCAGUUUUGAAGCCCAAAAAGUAGAAUUGAACUCUGCUGUUUCAGAGCUCACUGAAACCAAGGCUUGUUUAUGCGAGACUCUGAAUGAGCUGACUGCAGUCAAACUAAAACUAAGUGAUGUCGAAAUGCAGAAGCUUGAUUUAACAACGGAGCUGAGCUCAACUGUUUCAGCUCUUGACAGCACCAGAAAUGCAUUGAGUGAUCUUAAAAAGGAAAGUAGUACGUUACUCGCAGAACUGAAAGAAAAGCUAUGCGACACCGAAGACUUGUUAUCUAAGACUAUUCUGGAGCGGGACAGAAAGGAGGCCGAGUUAAUUGAAAGUCAAGCAGUUCUUGUAAGUAAGGAAUCUGAAUUAAAUGCCACUCUACAGACGUUGUCAACAACUACUGAGAGUUUAGCCCAAACUAAAGAUCAGUUAGUUCAAUCGGAGGAAAAUAAUAACAGUGUUACCAAUGAACUUAAGGUGACGAAAGCCAGUUUUGAAGCCCAAAAAGUAGAAUUGAACUCUGCUGUUUCAGAGCUCACUGAAACCAAGGCUUGUUUAUGCGAGACUCUGAAUGAGCUGACUGCAGUCAAACUAAAACUAAGUGAUGUCGAAAUGCAGAAGCUUGAUUUAACAACGGAGCUGAGCUCAACUGUUUCAGCUCUUGACAGCACCAGAAAUGCAUUGAGUGAUCUUAAAAAGGAAAGUAGUACGUUACUCGCAGAACUGAAAGAAAAGCUAUGCGACACCGAAGACUUGUUAUCUAAGACUAUUCUGGAGCGGGACAGAAAGGAGGCCGAGUUAAUUGAAAGUCAAGCAGUUCUUGUAAGUAAGGAAUCUGAAUUAAAUGCCACUCUACAGACGUUGUCAACAACUACUGAGAGUUUAGCCCAAACUAAAGAUCAGUUAGUUCAAUCGGAGGAAAAUAAUAACAGUGUUACCAAUGAACUUAAGGUGACGAAAGCCAGUUUUGAAGCCCAAAAAGUAGAAUUGAACUCUGCUGUUUCAGAGCUCACUGAAACCAAGGCUUGUUUAUGCGAGACUCUGAAUGAGCUGACUGCAGUCAAACUAAAACUAAGUGAUGUCGAAAUGCAGAAGCUUGAUUUAACAACGGAGCUGAGCUCAACUGUUUCAGCUCUUGACAGCACCAGAAAUGCAUUGAGUGAUCUUAAAAAGGAAAGUAGUACGUUACUCGCAGAACUGAAAGAAAAGCUAUGCGACACCGAAGACUUGUUAUCUAAGACUAUUCUGGAGCGGGACAGAAAGGAGGCCGAGUUAAUUGAAAGUCAAGCAGUUCUUGUAAGUAAGGAAUCUGAAUUAAAUGCCACUCUACAGACGUUGUCAACAACUACUGAGAGUUUAGCCCAAACUAAAGAUCAGUUAGUUCAAUCGGAGGAAAAUAAUAACAGUGUUACCAAUGAACUUAAGGUGACGAAAGCCAGUUUUGAAGCCCAAAAAGUAGAAUUGAACUCUGCUGUUUCAGAGCUCACUGAAACCAAGGCUUGUUUAUGCGAGACUCUGAAUGAGCUGACUGCAGUCAAACUAAAACUAAGUGAUGUCGAAAUGCAGAAGCUUGAUUUAACAACGGAGCUGAGCUCAACUGUUUCAGCUCUUGACAGCACCAGAAAUGCAUUGAGUGAUCUUAAAAAGGAAAGUAGUACGUUACUCGCAGAACUGAAAGAAAAGCUAUGCGACACCGAAGACUUGUUAUCUAAGACUAUUCUGGAGCGGGACAGAAAGGAGGCCGAGUUAAUUGAAAGUCAAGCAGUUCUUGUAAGUAAGGAAUCUGAAUUAAAUGCCACUCUACAGACGUUGUCAACAACUACUGAGAGUUUAGCCCAAACUAAAGAUCAGUUAGUUCAAUCGGAGGAAAAUAAUAACAGUGUUACCAAUGAACUUAAGGUGACGAAAGCCAGUUUUGAAGCCCAAAAAGUAGAAUUGAACUCUGCUGUUUCAGAGCUCACUGAAACCAAGGCUUGUUUAUGCGAGACUCUGAAUGAGCUGACUGCAGUCAAACUAAAACUAAGUGAUGUCGAAAUGCAGAAGCUUGAUUUAACAACGGAGCUGAGCUCAACUGUUUCAGCUCUUGACAGCACCAGAAAUGCAUUGAGUGAUCUUAAAAAGGAAAGUAGUACGUUACUCGCAGAACUGAAAGAAAAGCUAUGCGACACCGAAGACUUGUUAUCUAAGACUAUUCUGGAGCGGGACAGAAAGGAGGCCGAGUUAAUUGAAAGUCAAGCAGUUCUUGUAAGUAAGGAAUCUGAAUUAAAUGCCACUCUACAGACGUUGUCAACAACUACUGAGAGUUUAGCCCAAACUAAAGAUCAGUUAGUUCAAUCGGAGGAAAAUAAUAACAGUGUUACCAAUGAACUUAAGGUGACGAAAGCCAGUUUUGAAGCCCAAAAAGUAGAAUUGAACUCUGCUGUUUCAGAGCUCACUGAAACCAAGGCUUGUUUAUGCGAGACUCUGAAUGAGCUGACUGCAGUCAAACUAAAACUAAGUGAUGUCGAAAUGCAGAAGCUUGAUUUAACAACGGAGCUGAGCUCAACUGUUUCAGCUCUUGACAGCACCAGAAAUGCAUUGAGUGAUCUUAAAAAGGAAAGUAGUACGUUACUCGCAGAACUGAAAGAAAAGCUAUGCGACACCGAAGACUUGUUAUCUAAGACUAUUCUGGAGCGGGACAGAAAGGAGGCCGAGUUAAUUGAAAGUCAAGCAGUUCUUGUAAGUAAGGAAUCUGAAUUAAAUGCCACUCUACAGACGUUGUCAACAACUACUGAGAGUUUAGCCCAAACUAAAGAUCAGUUAGUUCAAUCGGAGGAAAAUAAUAACAGUGUUACCAAUGAACUUAAGGUGACGAAAGCCAGUUUUGAAGCCCAAAAAGUAGAAUUGAACUCUGCUGUUUCAGAGCUCACUGAAACCAAGGCUUGUUUAUGCGAGACUCUGAAUGAGCUGACUGCAGUCAAACUAAAACUAAGUGAUGUCGAAAUGCAGAAGCUUGAUUUAACAACGGAGCUGAGCUCAACUGUUUCAGCUCUUGACAGCACCAGAAAUGCAUUGAGUGAUCUUAAAAAGGAAAGUAGUACGUUACUCGCAGAACUGAAAGAAAAGCUAUGCGACACCGAAGACUUGUUAUCUAAGACUAUUCUGGAGCGGGACAGAAAGGAGGCCGAGUUAAUUGAAAGUCAAGCAGUUCUUGUAAGUAAGGAAUCUGAAUUAAAUGCCACUCUACAGACGUUGUCAACAACUACUGAGAGUUUAGCCCAAACUAAAGAUCAGUUAGUUCAAUCGGAGGAAAAUAAUAACAGUGUUACCAAUGAACUUAAGGUGACGAAAGCCAGUUUUGAAGCCCAAAAAGUAGAAUUGAACUCUGCUGUUUCAGAGCUCACUGAAACCAAGGCUUGUUUAUGCGAGACUCUGAAUGAGCUGACUGCAGUCAAACUAAAACUAAGUGAUGUCGAAAUGCAGAAGCUUGAUUUAACAACGGAGCUGAGCUCAACUGUUUCAGCUCUUGACAGCACCAGAAAUGCAUUGAGUGAUCUUAAAAAGGAAAGUAGUACGUUACUCGCAGAACUGAAAGAAAAGCUAUGCGACACCGAAGACUUGUUAUCUAAGACUAUUCUGGAGCGGGACAGAAAGGAGGCCGAGUUAAUUGAAAGUCAAGCAGUUCUUGUAAGUAAGGAAUCUGAAUUAAAUGCCACUCUACAGACGUUGUCAACAACUACUGAGAGUUUAGCCCAAACUAAAGAUCAGUUAGUUCAAUCGGAGGAAAAUAAUAACAGUGUUACCAAUGAACUUAAGGUGACGAAAGCCAGUUUUGAAGCCCAAAAAGUAGAAUUGAACUCUGCUGUUUCAGAGCUCACUGAAACCAAGGCUUGUUUAUGCGAGACUCUGAAUGAGCUGACUGCAGUCAAACUAAAACUAAGUGAUGUCGAAAUGCAGAAGCUUGAUUUAACAACGGAGCUGAGCUCAACUGUUUCAGCUCUUGACAGCACCAGAAAUGCAUUGAGUGAUCUUAAAAAGGAAAGUAGUACGUUACUCGCAGAACUGAAAGAAAAGCUAUGCGACACCGAAGACUUGUUAUCUAAGACUAUUCUGGAGCGGGACAGAAAGGAGGCCGAGUUAAUUGAAAGUCAAGCAGUUCUUGUAAGUAAGGAAUCUGAAUUAAAUGCCACUCUACAGACGUUGUCAACAACUACUGAGAGUUUAGCCCAAACUAAAGAUCAGUUAGUUCAAUCGGAGGAAAAUAAUAACAGUGUUACCAAUGAACUUAAGGUGACGAAAGCCAGUUUUGAAGCCCAAAAAGUAGAAUUGAACUCUGCUGUUUCAGAGCUCACUGAAACCAAGGCUUGUUUAUGCGAGACUCUGAAUGAGCUGACUGCAGUCAAACUAAAACUAAGUGAUGUCGAAAUGCAGAAGCUUGAUUUAACAACGGAGCUGAGCUCAACUGUUUCAGCUCUUGACAGCACCAGAAAUGCAUUGAGUGAUCUUAAAAAGGAAAGUAGUACGUUACUCGCAGAACUGAAAGAAAAGCUAUGCGACACCGAAGACUUGUUAUCUAAGACUAUUCUGGAGCGGGACAGAAAGGAGGCCGAGUUAAUUGAAAGUCAAGCAGUUCUUGUAAGUAAGGAAUCUGAAUUAAAUGCCACUCUACAGACGUUGUCAACAACUACUGAGAGUUUAGCCCAAACUAAAGAUCAGUUAGUUCAAUCGGAGGAAAAUAAUAACAGUGUUACCAAUGAACUUAAGGUGACGAAAGCCAGUUUUGAAGCCCAAAAAGUAGAAUUGAACUCUGCUGUUUCAGAGCUCACUGAAACCAAGGCUUGUUUAUGCGAGACUCUGAAUGAGCUGACUGCAGUCAAACUAAAACUAAGUGAUGUCGAAAUGCAGAAGCUUGAUUUAACAACGGAGCUGAGCUCAACUGUUUCAGCUCUUGACAGCACCAGAAAUGCAUUGAGUGAUCUUAAAAAGGAAAGUAGUACGUUACUCGCAGAACUGAAAGAAAAGCUAUGCGACACCGAAGACUUGUUAUCUAAGACUAUUCUGGAGCGGGACAGAAAGGAGGCCGAGUUAAUUGAAAGUCAAGCAGUUCUUGUAAGUAAGGAAUCUGAAUUAAAUGCCACUCUACAGACGUUGUCAACAACUACUGAGAGUUUAGCCCAAACUAAAGAUCAGUUAGUUCAAUCGGAGGAAAAUAAUAACAGUGUUACCAAUGAACUUAAGGUGACGAAAGCCAGUUUUGAAGCCCAAAAAGUAGAAUUGAACUCUGCUGUUUCAGAGCUCACUGAAACCAAGGCUUGUUUAUGCGAGACUCUGAAUGAGCUGACUGCAGUCAAACUAAAACUAAGUGAUGUCGAAAUGCAGAAGCUUGAUUUAACAACGGAGCUGAGCUCAACUGUUUCAGCUCUUGACAGCACCAGAAAUGCAUUGAGUGAUCUUAAAAAGGAAAGUAGUACGUUACUCGCAGAACUGAAAGAAAAGCUAUGCGACACCGAAGACUUGUUAUCUAAGACUAUUCUGGAGCGGGACAGAAAGGAGGCCGAGUUAAUUGAAAGUCAAGCAGUUCUUGUAAGUAAGGAAUCUGAAUUAAAUGCCACUCUACAGACGUUGUCAACAACUACUGAGAGUUUAGCCCAAACUAAAGAUCAGUUAGUUCAAUCGGAGGAAAAUAAUAACAGUGUUACCAAUGAACUUAAGGUGACGAAAGCCAGUUUUGAAGCCCAAAAAGUAGAAUUGAACUCUGCUGUUUCAGAGCUCACUGAAACCAAGGCUUGUUUAUGCGAGACUCUGAAUGAGCUGACUGCAGUCAAACUAAAACUAAGUGAUGUCGAAAUGCAGAAGCUUGAUUUAACAACGGAGCUGAGCUCAACUGUUUCAGCUCUUGACAGCACCAGAAAUGCAUUGAGUGAUCUUAAAAAGGAAAGUAGUACGUUACUCGCAGAACUGAAAGAAAAGCUAUGCGACACCGAAGACUUGUUAUCUAAGACUAUUCUGGAGCGGGACAGAAAGGAGGCCGAGUUAAUUGAAAGUCAAGCAGUUCUUGUAAGUAAGGAAUCUGAAUUAAAUGCCACUCUACAGACGUUGUCAACAACUACUGAGAGUUUAGCCCAAACUAAAGAUCAGUUAGUUCAAUCGGAGGAAAAUAAUAACAGUGUUACCAAUGAACUUAAGGUGACGAAAGCCAGUUUUGAAGCCCAAAAAGUAGAAUUGAACUCUGCUGUUUCAGAGCUCACUGAAACCAAGGCUUGUUUAUGCGAGACUCUGAAUGAGCUGACUGCAGUCAAACUAAAACUAAGUGAUGUCGAAAUGCAGAAGCUUGAUUUAACAACGGAGCUGAGCUCAACUGUUUCAGCUCUUGACAGCACCAGAAAUGCAUUGAGUGAUCUUAAAAAGGAAAGUAGUACGUUACUCGCAGAACUGAAAGAAAAGCUAUGCGACACCGAAGACUUGUUAUCUAAGACUAUUCUGGAGCGGGACAGAAAGGAGGCCGAGUUAAUUGAAAGUCAAGCAGUUCUUGUAAGUAAGGAAUCUGAAUUAAAUGCCACUCUACAGACGUUGUCAACAACUACUGAGAGUUUAGCCCAAACUAAAGAUCAGUUAGUUCAAUCGGAGGAAAAUAAUAACAGUGUUACCAAUGAACUUAAGGUGACGAAAGCCAGUUUUGAAGCCCAAAAAGUAGAAUUGAACUCUGCUGUUUCAGAGCUCACUGAAACCAAGGCUUGUUUAUGCGAGACUCUGAAUGAGCUGACUGCAGUUAAGCUAAAACUAAGUGAGGUCGAAAUUUUAAAUCUUGGUUUACAAUCUGAGUUGAGUACAGCUCUUUUUACCUUAGACUGUACAAUAAAUUCUCUGAAUGACCUUAAAGAUGAGUGUAAAUCUACUUCGUCUGAACUUGCUUUUAUGAAAGAUAAGUUAGGUAAUACUGAAACAUGUUUAUCAAAAACUGAUAAAGACUUACAAUAUAAAGUAUGUUUGCUUAAUGAUUCUGUUAAUGCACUCUUUAAGGCUCGAGACUUGACUUUAUCGUUUAUAAAGUUCUUUUUAGACUUUAAAGUUGAGUUUCAAACUAUUAUUCAAAAUUUUAGGUUGUACAUUUCAGAGACCUGUCCUAAUAUACUUAGUUGUUUUUCUGAGUUACUUAAAAUGCUCUCUGCUGCAGAUUCCUUAGCUAAUGAAUCAAAGCUAAUGUAUUAUGAUCAGUGUAAGGAGUUAUUGGUUUGUAGUAAUAAGAUAUUUAACCUUUCUUCUGAGUUAGAUUUUCUUAAACAAGAAAAUAAUGCAAAUUAUGAUAAAUAUAUUCGAUUAGAAAAUUUCUAUAAUGAAGUCAAGUUUUUAAAUGUGAAUUUGGAAAUGAAGGUUAAUUCUUUAGAAUCAGAUUUGAGAGAUUGUAAUUCGAUUUCUUCUUCUCUUCGUUUAGAUUUGGAGAUGUAUAUGAAAAUGUUUAAUGAUGCAUCUUUAACAUGUCAAAAUUUUGAAAAACUAUUUAAUGUUGUUACUUCUACAUGCAUGCUUAAUGGAAUCAUUUUUAACAAUUUAUUUUUAAAUAAUGAUAAAGAUGAUAUUUAUCAAGAUAAAAGACUUAAUUAUGCCAUGCAAAACACAGAACCUAAUCUCUUGAGCCAAUUUCCAGAUUAUAAAUCUAACAGUAAUGAGGCAUCAUCAUUACAAAGUGAUAAAGUGUCUCAUGAAAGGUUAUCUAAGUUAAAUGAGCAAAUUAUUGAUGCUAUCAAUAAUUUUUCUUUAAAUCAAUCAUCAGAACUUUUUCAACUUCAAUCGAAUAUAACUGAUUUAAAUUACCUAAAGGAACAACAAAGCCUUCAGAUUCAACAGAUGGAUAAACAUAUUAUAACAUUACAAAAAGAAUUGAACGCGAAACUCUUGGAUGUGGCUAGUUUAGAGUUGAGCUUGUCAGAAAAAGAGAAACAUAUCCAAGCACUGGAAGUAAGCCUUCAUGAAUAUACACUGAUUUUGCAGGAAAAGUCGAACGAGGUCAGUGCUGCGUUCUCUGAUUUGAGUGCGUCUAGAGAGAAUUUUGAGGAAGAAAGACUGCUCCUCAGAAAUAAUUGUAAACAACUGGAAGAUGAACUAGCAUCAAAAGCGUCUUUAAUUCACGAGUUGAGUGCAGAAAAAAUGCUUUAUUUGAAUGAGAACGCAGAGCUAUCAAAGGAGAUUUCAAAGCUUAAGGACUGUAUAGAAUCGGAGAAGGAAAGGCUCCGUGAGUUAAACGAAAAGCUUCUUUCAUUGUCUGAAUCUUCAAAUGCGACCGAAUCGAAACUUACUGCAGAAAUCGAACAGCUGCAGUCUGUUAUAUCUUCCUUGCAGCUAGACAAAGAGAAACAUGCUGACGAUUUCAAGGAGUUUAAAAAGAAGACAUUAUCAAAUUUUAAGCAAAAAGUAACCGAAAUGAAUGCCAAAGAAUGUUCUCUCAAGGAAAAUGUUGAUGUAUUGACAGAAAAGCUGUUAGUGGCAGAAGAAGCACUUUCAAAUUUAAAUUUGUCUUUUUCAAGAAAAGCUGAUGAGUGCAGUGUCAUGGCUAAUGAUCUGGCCAACGAAUGUGUCAUAGUCGGAGAAUUGAAGGACACUUUGAAUCAUUUGAAGAGUGAGCUGGAAGUCAAAGAUAACCUUGUGACAGAUCUUCAGAAGUGCCUUGUUGUUGAUAGAGAACAGCUGCAAGCGAAAUCUGCAGCUUUAGAAGAGGCGGUCACGGAAUUGGACAAAGAGAAACGUUCGACUGACAGUUUAAGAGACCAACUAUGUGCGUCAGAAGAUUUGUUAAGUACUAAGACUCAGGCCCUCAGUGACAUGACUCUUAGCAUGGAGAAGCUGGAGGCAGAUUUGAGCGCAAAACUCUUGGAUGUGGCUAGUUUAGAGUUGAGCUUGUCAGAAAAAGAGAAACAUAUCCAAGCACUGGAAGUAAGCCUUCAUGAAUAUACACUGAUUUUGCAGGAAAAGUCGAACGAGGUCAGUGCUGCGUUCUCUGAUUUGAGUGCGUCUAGAGAGAAUUUUGAGGAAGAAAGACUGCUCCUCAGAAAUAAUUGUAAACAACUGGAAGAUGAACUAGCAUCAAAAGCGUCUUUAAUUCACGAGUUGAGUGCAGAAAAAAUGCUUUAUUUGAAUGAGAACGCAGAGCUAUCAAAGGAGAUUUCAAAGCUUAAGGACUGUAUAGAAUCGGAGAAGGAAAGGCUCCGUGAGUUAAACGAAAAGCUUCUUUCAUUGUCUGAAUCUUCAAAUGCGACCGAAUCGAAACUUACUGCAGAAAUCGAACAGCUGCAGUCUGUUAUAUCUUCCUUGCAGCUAGACAAAGAGAAACAUGCUGACGAUUUCAAGGAGUUUAAAAAGAAGACAUUAUCAAAUUUUAAGCAAAAAGUAACCGAAAUGAAUGCCAAAGAAUGUUCUCUCAAGGAAAAUGUUGAUGUAUUGACAGAAAAGCUGUUAGUGGCAGAAGAAGCACUUUCAAAUUUAAAUUUGUCUUUUUCAAGAAAAGCUGAUGAGUGCAGUGUCAUGGCUAAUGAUCUGGCCAACGAACGUGUCAUAGUCGGAGAAUUGAAGGACACUUUGAAUCAUUUGAAGAGUGAGCUGGAAGUCAAAGAUAACCUUGUGACAGAGCUUCAGAAGUGCCUUGUUGUUGAUAGAGAACAGCUGCAAGCGAAAUCUGCAGCUUUAGAAGAGGCGGUCACGGAAUUGGACAAAGAGAAACGUUCGACUGACAGUUUAAGAGACCAACUAUGUGCGUCAGAAGAUAUGUUAAGUACUAAGACUCAGGCCCUCAGUGACAUGACUCUUAGCAUGGAGAAGCUGGAGGCAGAUUUGAGCGCAAAACUCUUGGAUGUGGCUAGUUUAGAGUUGAGCUUGUCAGAAAAAGAGAAACAUAUCCAAGCACUGGAAGUAAGCCUUCAUGAAUAUACACUGAUUUUGCAGGAAAAGUCGAACGAGGUCAGUGCUGCGUUCUCUGAUUUGAGUGCGUCUAGAGAGAAUUUUGAGGAAGAAAGACUGCUCCUCAGAAAUAAUUGUAAACAACUGGAAGAUGAACUAGCAUCAAAAGCGUCUUUAAUUCACGAGUUGAGUGCAGAAAAAAUGCUUUAUUUGAAUGAGAACGCAGAGCUAUCAAAGGAGAUUUCAAAGCUUAAGGACUGUAUAGAAUCGGAGAAGGAAAGGCUCCGUGAGUUAAACGAAAAGCUUCUUUCAUUGUCUGAAUCUUCAAAUGCGACCGAAUCGAAACUUACUGCAGAAAUCGAACAGCUGCAGUCUGUUAUAUCUUCCUUGCAGCUAGACAAAGAGAAACAUGCUGACGAUUUCAAGGAGUUUAAAAAGAAGACAUUAUCAAAUUUUAAGCAAAAAGUAACCGAAAUGAAUGCCAAAGAAUGUUCUCUCAAGGAAAAUGUUGAUGUAUUGACAGAAAAGCUGUUAGUGGCAGAAGAAGCACUUUCAAAUUUAAAUUUGUCUUUUUCAAGAAAAGCUGAUGAGUGCAGUGUCAUGGCUAAUGAUCUGGCCAACGAACGUGUCAUAGUCGGAGAAUUGAAGGACACUUUGAAUCAUUUGAAGAGUGAGCUGGAAGUCAAAGAUAACCUUGUGACAGAUCUUCAGAAGUGCCUUGUUGUUGAUAGAGAACAGCUGCAAGCGAAAUCUGCAGCUUUAGAAGAGGCGGUCACGGAAUUGGACAAAGAGAAACGUUCGACUGACAGUUUAAGAGACCAACUAUGUGCGUCAGAAGAUUUGUUAAGUACUAAGACUCAGGCCCUCAGUGACAUGACUCUUAGCAUGGAGAAGCUGGAGGCAGAUUUGAGCGCAAAACUCUUGGAUGUGGCUAGUUUAGAGUUGAGCUUGUCAGAAAAAGAGAAACAUAUCCAAGCACUGGAAGUAAGCCUUCAUGAAUAUACACUGAUUUUGCAGGAAAAGUCGAACGAGGUCAGUGCUGCGUUCUCUGAUUUGAGUGCGUCUAGAGAGAAUUUUGAGGAAGAAAGACUGCUCCUCAGAAAUAAUUGUAAACAACUGGAAGAUGAACUAGCAUCAAAAGCGUCUUUAAUUCACGAGUUGAGUGCAGAAAAAAUGCUUUAUUUGAAUGAGAACGCAGAGCUAUCAAAGGAGAUUUCAAAGCUUAAGGACUGUAUAGAAUCGGAGAAGGAAAGGCUCCGUGAGUUAAACGAAAAGCUUCUUUCAUUGUCUGAAUCUUCAAAUGCGACCGAAUCGAAACUUACUGCAGAAAUCGAACAGCUGCAGUCUGUUAUAUCUUCCUUGCAGCUAGACAAAGAGAAACAUGCUGACGAUUUCAAGGAGUUUAAAAAGAAGACAUUAUCAAAUUUUAAGCAAAAAGUAACCGAAAUGAAUGCCAAAGAAUGUUCUCUCAAGGAAAAUGUUGAUGUAUUGACAGAAAAGCUGUUAGUGGCAGAAGAAGCACUUUCAAAUUUAAAUUUGUCUUUUUCAAGAAAAGCUGAUGAGUGCAGUGUCAUGGCUAAUGAUCUGGCCAACGAACGUGUCAUAGUCGGAGAAUUGAAGGACACUUUGAAUCAUUUGAAGAGUGAGCUGGAAGUCAAAGAUAACCUUGUGACAGAGCUUCAGAAGUGCCUUGUUGUUGAUAGAGAACAGCUGCAAGCGAAAUCUGCAGCUUUAGAAGAGGCGGUCACGGAAUUGGACAAAGAGAAACGUUCGACUGACAGUUUAAGAGACCAACUAUGUGCGUCAGAAGAUAUGUUAAGUACUAAGACUCAGGCCCUCAGUGACAUGACUCUUAGCAUGGAGAAGCUGGAGGCAGAUUUGAGCGCAAAACUCUUGGAUGUGGCUAGUUUAGAGUUGAGCUUGUCAGAAAAAGAGAAACAUAUCCAAGCACUGGAAGUAAGCCUUCAUGAAUAUACACUGAUUUUGCAGGAAAAGUCGAACGAGGUCAGUGCUGCGUUCUCUGAUUUGAGUGCGUCUAGAGAGAAUUUUGAGGAAGAAAGACUGCUCCUCAGAAAUAAUUGUAAACAACUGGAAGAUGAACUAGCAUCAAAAGCGUCUUUAAUUCACGAGUUGAGUGCAGAAAAAAUGCUUUAUUUGAAUGAGAACGCAGAGCUAUCAAAGGAGAUUUCAAAGCUUAAGGACUGUAUAGAAUCGGAGAAGGAAAGGCUCCGUGAGUUAAACGAAAAGCUUCUUUCAUUGUCUGAAUCUUCAAAUGCGACCGAAUCGAAACUUACUGCAGAAAUCGAACAGCUGCAGUCUGUUAUAUCUUCCUUGCAGCUAGACAAAGAGAAACAUGCUGACGAUUUCAAGGAGUUUAAAAAGAAGACAUUAUCAAAUUUUAAGCAAAAAGUAACCGAAAUGAAUGCCAAAGAAUGUUCUCUCAAGGAAAAUGUUGAUGUAUUGACAGAAAAGCUGUUAGUGGCAGAAGAAGCACUUUCAAAUUUAAAUUUGUCUUUUUCAAGAAAAGCUGAUGAGUGCAGUGUCAUGGCUAAUGAUCUGGCCAACGAACGUGUCAUAGUCGGAGAAUUGAAGGACACUUUGAAUCAUUUGAAGAGUGAGCUGGAAGUCAAAGAUAACCUUGUGACAGAUCUUCAGAAGUGCCUUGUUGUUGAUAGAGAACAGCUGCAAGCGAAAUCUGCAGCUUUAGAAGAGGCGGUCACGGAAUUGGACAAAGAGAAACGUUCGACUGACAGUUUAAGAGACCAACUAUGUGCGUCAGAAGAUUUGUUAAGUACUAAGACUCAGGCCCUCAGUGACAUGACUCUUAGCAUGGAGAAGCUGGAGGCAGAUUUGAGCGCAAAACUCUUGGAUGUGGCUAGUUUAGAGUUGAGCUUGUCAGAAAAAGAGAAACAUAUCCAAGCACUGGAAGUAAGCCUUCAUGAAUAUACACUGAUUUUGCAGGAAAAGUCGAACGAGGUCAGUGCUGCGUUCUCUGAUUUGAGUGCGUCUAGAGAGAAUUUUGAGGAAGAAAGACUGCUCCUCAGAAAUAAUUGUAAACAACUGGAAGAUGAACUAGCAUCAAAAGCGUCUUUAAUUCACGAGUUGAGUGCAGAAAAAAUGCUUUAUUUGAAUGAGAACGCAGAGCUAUCAAAGGAGAUUUCAAAGCUUAAGGACUGUAUAGAAUCGGAGAAGGAAAGGCUCCGUGAGUUAAACGAAAAGCUUCUUUCAUUGUCUGAAUCUUCAAAUGCGACCGAAUCGAAACUUACUGCAGAAAUCGAACAGCUGCAGUCUGUUAUAUCUUCCUUGCAGCUAGACAAAGAGAAACAUGCUGACGAUUUCAAGGAGUUUAAAAAGAAGACAUUAUCAAAUUUUAAGCAAAAAGUAACCGAAAUGAAUGCCAAAGAAUGUUCUCUCAAGGAAAAUGUUGAUGUAUUGACAGAAAAGCUGUUAGUGGCAGAAGAAGCACUUUCAAAUUUAAAUUUGUCUUUUUCAAGAAAAGCUGAUGAGUGCAGUGUCAUGGCUAAUGAUCUGGCCAACGAACGUGUCAUAGUCGGAGAAUUGGAGGACACUUUGAAUCAUUUGAAGAGUGAGCUGGAAGUCAAAGAUAACCUUGUGACAGAGCUUCAGAAGUGCCUUGUUGUUAAUAGAGAACAGCUGCAAGCGAAAUCUGCAGCUUUAGAAGAGGCGGUCACGGAAUUGGACAAAGAGAAACGUUCGACUGACAGUUUAAGAGACCAACUAUGUGCGUCAGAAGAUAUGUUAAGUACUAAGACUCAGGCCCUCAGUGACAUGACUCUUAGCAUGGAGAAGCUGGAGGCAGAUUUGAGCGCAAAACUCUUGGAUGUGGCUAGUUUAGAGUUGAGCUUGUCAGAAAAAGAGAAACAUAUCCAAGCACUGGAAGUAAGCCUUCAUGAAUAUACACUGAUUUUGCAGGAAAAGUCGAACGAGGUCAGUGCUGCGUUCUCUGAUUUGAGUGCGUCUAGAGAGAAUUUUGAGGAAGAAAGACUGCUCCUCAGAAAUAAUUGUAAACAACUGGAAGAUGAACUAGCAUCAAAAGCGUCUUUAAUUCACGAGUUGAGUGCAGAAAAAAUGCUUUAUUUGAAUGAGAACGCAGAGCUAUCAAAGGAGAUUUCAAAGCUUAAGGACUGUAUAGAAUCGGAGAAGGAAAGGCUCCGUGAGUUAAACGAAAAGCUUCUUUCAUUGUCUGAAUCUUCAAAUGCGACCGAAUCGAAACUUACUGCAGAAAUCGAACAGCUGCAGUCUGUUAUAUCUUCCUUGCAGCUAGACAAAGAGAAACAUGCUGACGAUUUCAAGGAGUUUAAAAAGAAGACAUUAUCAAAUUUUAAGCAUAAAGUAACCGAAAUGAAUGCCAAAGAAUGUUCUCUCAAGGAAAAUGUUGAUGUAUUGACAGAAAAGCUGUUAGUGGCAGAAGAAGCACUUUCAAAUUUAAAUUUGUCUUUUUCAAGAAAAGCUGAUGAGUGCAGUGUCAUGGCUAAUGAUCUGGCCAACGAACGUGUCAUAGUCGGAGAAUUGAAGGACACUUUGAAUCAUUUGAAGAGUGAGCUGGAAGUCAAAGAUAACCUUGUGACAGAGCUUCAGAAGUGCCUUGUUGUUGAUAGAGAACAGCUGCAAGCGAAAUCUGCAGCUUUAGAAGAGGCGGUCACGGAAUUGGACAAAGAGAAACGUUCGACUGACAGUUUAAGAGACCAACUAUGUGCGUCAGAAGAUAUGUUAAGUACUAAGACUCAGGCCCUCAGUGACAUGACUCUUAGCAUGGAGAAGCUGGAGGCAGAUUUGAGCGCAAAACUCUUGGAUGUGGCUAGUUUAGAGUUGAGCUUGUCAGAAAAAGAGAAACAUAUCCAAGCACUGGAAGUAAGCCUUCAUGAAUAUACACUGAUUUUGCAGGAAAAGUCGAACGAGGUCAGUGCUGCGUUCUCUGAUUUGAGUGCGUCUAGAGAGAAUUUUGAGGAAGAAAGACUGCUCCUCAGAAAUAAUUGUAAACAACUGGAAGAUGAACUAGCAUCAAAAGCGUCUUUAAUUCACGAGUUGAGUGCAGAAAAAAUGCUUUAUUUGAAUGAGAACGCAGAGCUAUCAAAGGAGAUUUCAAAGCUUAAGGACUGUAUAGAAUCGGAGAAGGAAAGGCUCCGUGAGUUAAACGAAAAGCUUCUUUCAUUGUCUGAAUCUUCAAAUGCGACCGAAUCGAAACUUACUGCAGAAAUCGAACAGCUGCAGUCUGUUAUAUCUUCCUUGCAGCUAGACAAAGAGAAACAUGCUGACGAUUUCAAGGAGUUUAAAAAGAAGACAUUAUCAAAUUUUAAGCAAAAAGUAACCGAAAUGAAUGCCAAAGAAUGUUCUCUCAAGGAAAAUGUUGAUGUAUUGACAGAAAAGCUGUUAGUGGCAGAAGAAGCACUUUCAAAUUUAAAUUUGUCUUUUUCAAGAAAAGCUGAUGAGUGCAGUGUCAUGGCUAAUGAUCUGGCCAACGAACGUGUCAUAGUCGGAGAAUUGGAGGACACUUUGAAUCAUUUGAAGAGUGAGCUGGAAGUCAAAGAUAACCUUGUGACAGAGCUUCAGAAGUGCCUUGUUGUUGAUAGAGAACAGCUGCAAGCGAAAUCUGCAGCUUUAGAAGAGGCGGUCACGGAAUUGGACAAAGAGAAACGUUCGACUGACAGUUUAAGAGACCAACUAUGUGCGUCAGAAGAUUUGUUAAGUACUAAGACUCAGGCCCUCAGUGACAUGACUCUUAGCAUGGAGAAGCUGGAGGCAGAUUUGAGCGCAAAACUCUUGGAUGUGGCUAGUUUAGAGUUGAGCUUGUCAGAAAAAGAGAAACAUAUCCAAGCACUGGAAGUAAGCCUUCAUGAAUAUACACUGAUUUUGCAGGAAAAGUCGAACGAGGUCAGUGCUGCGUUCUCUGAUUUGAGUGCGUCUAGAGAGAAUUUUGAGGAAGAAAGACUGCUCCUCAGAAAUAAUUGUAAACAACUGGAAGAUGAACUAGCAUCAAAAGCGUCUUUAAUUCACGAGUUGAGUGCAGAAAAAAUGCUUUAUUUGAAUGAGAACGCAGAGCUAUCAAAGGAGAUUUCAAAGCUUAAGGACUGUAUAGAAUCGGAGAAGGAAAGGCUCCGUGAGUUAAACGAAAAGCUUCUUUCAUUGUCUGAAUCUUCAAAUGCGACCGAAUCGAAACUUACUGCAGAAAUCGAACAGCUGCAGUCUGUUAUAUCUUCCUUGCAGCUAGACAAAGAGAAACAUGCUGACGAUUUCAAGGAGUUUAAAAAGAAGACAUUAUCAAAUUUUAAGCAAAAAGUAACCGAAAUGAAUGCCAAAGAAUGUUCUCUCAAGGAAAAUGUUGAUGUAUUGACAGAAAAGCUGUUAGUGGCAGAAGAAGCACUUUCAAAUUUAAAUUUGUCUUUUUCAAGAAAAGCUGAUGAGUGCAGUGUCAUGGCUAAUGAUCUGGCCAACGAACGUGUCAUAGUCGGAGAAUUGAAGGACACUUUGAAUCAUUUGAAGAGUGAGCUGGAAGUCAAAGAUAACCUUGUGACAGAUCUUCAGAAGUGCCUUGUUGUUGAUAGAGAACAGCUGCAAGCGAAAUCUGCAGCUUUAGAAGAGGCGGUCACGGAAUUGGACAAAGAGAAACGUUCGACUGACAGUUUAAGAGACCAACUAUGUGCGUCAGAAGAUUUGUUAAGUACUAAGACUCAGGCCCUCAGUGACAUGACUCUUAGCAUGGAGAAGCUGGAGGCAGAUUUGAGCGCAAAACUCUUGGAUGUGGCUAGUUUAGAGUUGAGCUUGUCAGAAAAAGAGAAACAUAUCCAAGCACUGGAAGUAAGCCUUCAUGAAUAUACACUGAUUUUGCAGGAAAAGUCCAAUGAUUUUGAUCAUGUUGUAUCUGAGUUUUCUUCUCUUAAACUUGAUUUAUCUUUUAAAGAUGAUCUUAUUCGGAAGCUUGAACAAAGUGUCAUUGAACUUGAAAAUGAUAUUUUGUUAUUGAAUGAAAAUUCUUUAUUGCAGUUAUCUUCUUUAAAUAAUGAAGUUGAAUCUUUGGGCAUGAAGUUAGAUACAUAUGAGAUACCCUUAGGUAAAUCUAUGAAACUAGAUCCCCUUAAUAAUAAAUGCAUUGUUUCAAAGCCUUUAGAAAAUAUAAUUCCUUAUAAUGAUAAAGCUAUUAUAGAGCCACAUGUCUCCAAUAUUUUUAAUGAUAUUAUUGCUAAAGAUUGUAUUGUAUGUGAAGAUGAAAAUAUCAAUUUAAUGCUUUCAAACUAUGAUGAUCUUAAAAUGCGAAAGGUAUUAAUUUCUCAUUUAAGCCGAGAGAACCAAGAGUUAAAAGAAAAAUAUCAAGAUCAAGAAGAAAGGUACCGGUCAAAAUUAUCUGUAUUAGCUGCAGAUGAUUUGAAAUUAAAGUUUGAAUUAGAUGCUGCUUUGAAAACAGUUGCUCUUUAUAAGGACCGUUAUAAGAUUAAGGAAAAUGACUUUAAAACUAAGGAAGUUUUUUUUACUAAGAGUUUGGAAGAAUCAAACAUAAAACUAUCUGAAUCGUUAGCAAAAUGUGUUGAUCUUCAAAAUGAAUUGAAUGCUCUAGAAGACUUUAAACAAAAGGCUAUAAUCUUUGAAGAAAGAUAUAAAGUUAAAGAAAAAGAAGUUCAAUUUGAAAGUCAAAAUUACCAAGCUAUUAUUACUAAGUUAAAUAAAAAUCUGGAAAGUUCCAAAGAAGAUAUUAUUAGACUUGAGAAUGAAAUAGUAUCUUUGAAAAGUAAAUUAGACCACCAAUCUGUUACUAUAUUAGAUAACGAGAGUUUACUAAUUAGUACAGAUAAAUGUUUAAAUGAUAUGUCUCAAAGUUUUAAGCUUUGUUCUGAUGAAAACAAUAGAUUAAAGCAAGAAGUUUCAAUGUUGUUGUUUACUGUUAAUGAAUUAAAUGAAGUUAUUGAUAGACUGAAAAAUGAGUUGAUGGUACUUCAUCAAGAAAAAGAAGUUUUAAAAAAUGACUUUGUUUUUUAUAAAGAAUCAGCACUUUUAAAAGAAUUUUCUUUGAAUGAAAAUGUUUCUACUUUACAAAAUAAAGUGCUUGAAAAUGAAAAUCUUUUAAAAGUUGCCACAGAUGAUCUUUUAAUUAGAAAAAAAUUAAUUGUGAAAAUGGAAGAAGAAAUUAAAACUUUAAAUGAAAAAGCUAUUGAAAAUGAAAAGUUAAUUGAACAAAAAGUUAAUUCAACUGAUGACGAGUCUAAAAUAAAGGAAGAAGAGUUUGUUCACUUGAAUGAAGAAAUUUCUCAACUAAAAUCAACUCUCAUUCGUGCUGAAAGUAAAAUAAAAAAUUUUCAUGUAGAGAACCAAGUUGAAAUUGAUUGUCUUAAAUUACGAAAUAAAGAGAAUAAAGCUAUAAUAAAAAAACUUGAAAAUGAUAAAAGCGAACUAGAACUUCUGCUCUCAGAGUAUGUUAAAAAAAUCAACAGUCUUCAAUCAACUGUUUUCUGUUGUAAGUCCAAUGAAAAAAUUAUUUUUAAUGAAAUUAGCAACAUUAGAAAUGAUUGUGAAUUGAUGAAGAUUACUGAAUCAAGUAAAGUUGAUUUAAAGAAUCAGUUAGAUAAACUUGAGUCAAAUCUAAAGUCUAAACUGUUGGAUCCUCAAACUUAUGAAUUAAAAAUUAAUUCAUUUAGCAAUAGUGAUGAUGAUUUAAGGAAUAUUAAUAGUUCUUAUAAUAAUGUUUUAUUGAAAAAACAACAAAUGAUAAAUGAUGAAAUAAUAGAUGAAGUAGUGCUAGAAGAACAAAAUCAUGAAAAUGUUCAAUUUGAAGGUGCACUUCAAAUACAGAAUAACGAUACACCCCAAAUACAAAAUAAUGUUACACCCCAAAUUCAAAAUAAUAGCACACCUCAUAUACAAAGUGAUGAUUCUUAUAAUGAAGAAGUUAUAGUUAAUAACAUUUAUCAACAUUCUUCAGAAGAUACUAUUUCUGAGAACUUUUCAAAUAAAUUACUAGGUGUAACUAACCCUAAAUCAGAUAGGGAAGCUUCAGAAAUUAAAUUUCUUAUACAGAAAAAUGAAGAUCUUAUACAACGUUUAAAAUCUGAAAAGAAGAGUCUCAAAGAUAAAAUUAAGCGUUCAGAGCAAAAGAUCAAAGAAUAUGAGUCACUUGUUAUUAAGUUUUCUCAAGAAACUGAUAAUGCAAAAGUUGAUCUUUCAAACAUGAAAUAUCAUUUUGAUAUUUUAAGUAAUGACUUUUAUCAGCAGCAGCAGCAAAGUAUGUGGCGUGAGAAUGAUCUUAUUGAAAAGCUAGUUUCUUGUCAAGCAGAGCUUGUUCAACUUAAAGAAAAGUUGGCAAUUGAAAAUGAAGACUUGCGAAAGCUGAAACAGACUGUUAUUUUCAAAGAGUCUGAAAUUAUGCACUUAUCAGAAAUGGUUAAGGAACAAGAAGCCUGUAUCAAUAGUAUAAAAGAUCAAAUAGCACAAAAAAAUAUUGAAAUUAAUAAACUAAAAGAAACUGUUCAUGAACUUGAGCUUAAAGAGAUAGCACUCAAAAAUGAUUUAUUUCAAAUAAAUAUUUUGUAUAAUGAAAAAAAUAAUUUAAGUAUCUCUGUUUCUGACAAAUUGGUUUCAACAACUAAAAUGUUGCAACAAGUAACUGAAGAGUUUGAUGAGCAAAGACGCAUUUACAAUGACAAUAUAGGUUCUCUGCGGCAAUGUUUUGAAGAAAUGACUAACAACAGUACUGUAAUUGAACAGCGUUUGACAGAAGUUCAGCAUUUUCAUAAUGAAAAGUCAGCUGAGUGUGAACAACUUAAAAAGCUACUUACAGAUGAACAACUAAAAAAAGCUUUACUUGAAAAUGAAUUGCAAACAACUCGUUCACAAAUUGAGAUUUUGCAACAAAAUUGCUGCAAAUUAGAAGACAAACUUCAAGACUUAGCUUCAUUGUCAUCUGAUCAAGUUGCCAAAGAACUUGAAUUAAACCAGGUUAUUGUAUCAUUAAAUCAGGAUUUGGAACUAAAAACAAAAAGUUUUAAAGUUUUGCAGGAAAAUAUGGCAAAAUCUGAAGAAGAAAAAGAUAAUCAUAUUGAGGUUACUAAGCAACUUAGUAGCACUUCAAGUGAAAAUAUUGCUUUAAAAAAUCAACUUGAAGCAAUUUUAAAAAAAGUUGAAGAAAACCAGAAAGCAGGCGAGAAAGAAAAGAAUGCUAUUAUGACUGAACUUCAUAUGAAAGAAGAAACUCUGAACAAAUUGGUUGCAGAAAUUGAAAAUUUUCAACAAAUGGUAGAAUCUUUGUCUAGUGAUAAAUCAAAGUUAGAAAUUGAGAUUAGCGAGAAAAAUAAUUUGGUUGAAGUAUUUAAUGCAAAUCUGCGAUCAAAAGAGGAGGCUGUCAAAUCUAUGCUUGAUCAAGUCGAGUUACUGCAAAAUGAUUUAUUUUUAAGUAAAAAUAAUAUAGAAAAUCUUUUGCUAACUAUAAAUGAAAAAGAUUUGUAUUUAGAAUCAUUAAAAAUAUCUAUUGCAGAACAAACUGUUGUUAUUGAUCGACUAAAGGAAGAAAUUACUAACACUGAAACAUCUUAUCAAAAUGAUCUCAGAGAAGCUAAUGAAAUUUAUAGUGAUCUUCAAAAACAGUAUGAAAGUGCUUUGUUGUCUGAGGCAUCAUUAAAAACAAUACUUACCAAUAAAGAAAUUGAUUUUGAAAAUAGAUUAGCUCAGAUGAAUAACAUAAUCAAUGAAUAUGAAGAAAAUGUUUCAAGUUUGAAUAGUAGCAUACUAUCAAAGAAUGAAGCCAUAAAAUUACUUCACUCAAAACUUCAACAUAUUGAUGACCAUGACCAAAUGUUAAAGCAAAAGAGUGAAGAAAUAAAUGAACUAUGUGAUCUUUUAAAAAGUAUGAAAGAUUCAAUGAGUGUAUUAAAUGAGGAAAAACAAGAUGUUGUGAUUAAGUUAAACAGUAAAGAGUUAGAGUUAACUAACACAUUAAAACAGAUGCAUCAAUUAAUGGAAAAACUUGAAAAUUUACAAUCUCAGAGUGUUGAAAGUAAUUUGAUCAGGGAAAAACUCAAUAUUGCUUUAAUAAAUAAUGAAGAAGAAAAUAAAAACUUAAAAAUAUCUCUUAAUUCAAAAGUUGAAGAAUUUGCUUCACUAAGUGUUGAAGUUGCAAUGUUAACAGAAACUCAAAAAGAAUUAAACAAUCUGCUUUUGAUUGAAAAAGAAAAUAACAAAGUGAAAGAUGAGCAAAUAAAAAGACUGAGGGAACAAAUUGAUGGUCUAAAAGUUGAGGAGGAAAUGAAAUACAACUUAGAGAAACUUCUAGAAACCAAAGAAUGUGAAAUAGUAAUGCUAAACUCAUCACUUAGUGAAUUGAAGCAUAAAAAUGAAGAAGCAGAGAUUUGUAAUUUGAAUUUAAAUAUGGAACUGCAAAAGUCCAAUGCUGAUAGAGAAACCUGGCAACAAGAACAAAAGCAUUUAUGUUCCAUUAUUUCAUCAAAAGAAAAUGACUGUUAUCGUAUCUCUGAAGAACUUAAAAAAUGUUGUGAAACCUAUAAUCAACUUCAAAAUGAGUACAAUGAAAUUGUACUCAAAGAAAACACCAAUAAAAACAAUCAUGAAUUAGUUGUCAAAUUAAAAUUGGAACUGAAUGAAAAGUUACAUCAAAUUGAAGUUUUAGAAAAAAUCAGCAGAGAACAGUAUAAUAAGUUUGAAAAAGAACUCAAAGAAAAAGAAGAACUUUGUAAAGAAGCUGAAAAGUGUCUUAAAAUCAAUGAAGAUCGUCUUUUAAAUAUAGAAAAAGAUUUAAGGGCUAGUUUAGAGUCUUAUUCUAAGGCUCAAAAUGAUUUUAAGGUUAAGGAAGAAGAAUGCUCUAAUGUUAUAGAAGAACUUGUUAAAAGUAAGGAGUGUUUCUUGAAAGUUGAAAAUGAACUUAGAGUUAAAGAGGAUGAAUGCUCUUAUAUUAUGAAAGAGUUUUUAUUUAAUAAGGAGUAUUGCACUAAACUUGAAAAUGAUCUUAAAGCAAAAGAAGAGUACUGCUCUAAGCUGGAACAUAACAUCAAAGCAAAAGAAGAAGAAUGCAUUAGUUUUGCAAAAGAAUUUGAGCAUAGCAGUGAAUAUCUUUUAAGGCUUCAAAGCGAGCUUAGAACAAAACAAGAUUAUUGUUGUAAUAUUGAAAAAGAUCUUGAAGUGCACAAGGAUCAUUGUUCUAAGCUUGAAAGUGACUUAAAAAAUUUUAAAGAGUAUUGCUCUAAUGUUGAAAAAGAAUAUUAUACAAUGAAAGAAUUAUCAGUUUCAGCUCAGGAAAAAAUUUCAUGUUUAGAAAACGUAAUUGAAAGUAAAUCAGCAGAGCUUUUACAUCUUAACCAAAUAAAUGAUGAUUUAAUGUCAAAGUAUCAACAGGCUCAGUUUGAAAAAGAUUCAGGCAAUCAAAUUAUAUCAGAGCUUCAAAGUGCUGUUAGAAUUAAAUCAACUGAAUAUGAAGCUUUAUCUAAAACACUUAAAAACUUCACAGCUUAUUGUGAUGAACUUUUGCCUAAUCAAUCAUCUGAUGAAAAUAUAGAUAUUUUUAAAGCAGAAAAACUUAUAAAAGUUUUAGAUUUACAAGAAACAGAAUUAAAACAAACUAUGGAAAUGCUUAACAAAAAAGAACAUGAUUUAUCUCUUAAAGAAUCCACGAUUAAUGACCUAAAUCGUGAUUUGGUAUCAAUUAAAAACAUAUUAAAGUUAAAAGAAGAUGAAUUAAACUCAACUAAAGAGAUAAAUAAAAGUUUAACUGAAGAUUAUAACUCUUUAAAAACAAAAACAGCAAGAAUUUUAAAGCAAUGCCAGACUCUAAAAAAAGAUUUUGCUGAAAAACAAAAUGAGUUUGAAAAGCUUUUAAAAUCUCAUACUUCUUCUGAAAAUAAUCUUGUCAGUUUAAAUAAUUGUUACAAAGAGUUACAGAUAGAGCAAGAAAUGAACCAAAUCACAAUAAUAAAUUUAAAAGAUGAAAUAAAAAGAUUAACAGAGUUCCAGAAAACAAAAGAUAACCAGUUGAUUAAUCAAACUCCACCAAAUGAAAUUAUUUUAGAUGAUAAAUCUUUAAGUUAUUCAAAAAUCUGCGAGACAGAAAUACUUUUGCAGUCUUCAGAUCUUACGUUACAACAAGUAGAAAAUAAAGAGUUUAGUGGUGAGUUGCAUUGUGAUAAUAAUAUUGAUAAUGUAAUGAAGCUUGAUCAUUUAACCGAUGAUAAAGAAGAUUUAUCUGAUUUAGUCAAAUCUAAAAAUGAUGAAAUCUCAAAGUUAAAGUUAAUGAAUGAAGAUCAAAAAGCAGUUAUAACAAAGAUGAAGAAAAAGUUAUCACUAAUGAAGAAAGCUGAAAUACUCCUUGCUAAAGAAUUACAAGACAAAUCAUCUUUAUGGCACAGCGAGAAUGAAAAACUAAAUAAUGAAAUUGUUAAACUAAAAGUUCUUUUAGAGACAUCUAACAUGGAAAAAUCUUUGCUUGCUUCAAAAAACAAAAAGCUCUUUAGUUUAAUGAAAAUUCUUGGUGAAGAAAGCGAAGAUAUGGACAGUUUAGGGGAGUUUAUUAAUAAUUUUAAGACUUUAAAAUCAUCAGAAGAUGUUGAAUUACUUCAUCAAAAUAAUCUAAAUCUUCAAGAUAAAUAUAACUGUUUAGAAAACAAACAUCUCGAUAAGACUAGAGAAGUUGAAAAGCUGCAGGCAGAUAUUAAAAAACUAAUUAAUGAAAGUGUUCAGUAUAAGGAAGAAAUUCAAAGUUUGAAAAAAGAAUUAAAGAAACAAACUCAAAGUUUAGAUGAAAGCCUACACAAAGAACGAUUAAACAUUAAGGCUGAAAUGGAAAAUAUUUUUGAGCAAGAAAAACAGAAAAUUUUAAUAUUUGCACAUGAAGAGUAUGAAAUUAUGAAAAAUAAAGUUGUUGAAGAAAACUACAAAUUGAUGGAAGAAAAAUUUAACAAGGAAAGAAUGGUUAUGUUAGAAUCAUCAGCUCUGGAAAAUGCAGAGUUUCAAAAGAAUUGCAUAAAAGAAAACGAAAUUCGCAUUGCAGAGUUGAUAUAUAAACAUGAAAGUGAAAUUAAUUUGUUAAACCAUCAAAUAGUUGUUUUACAGAACAAGCUUGAUCAUGUUACAUUACACGAAAGUUUAUAUCAAGCAGAGAUAGAGAAAAGUGCUUACAUUUCAAAACCUGUUAAACAAGAAGUUGAAAUUACUGAUGUUGUUGAGUUAGAAAGAGCUUUGAAUACAGCAGUUGCUAAUCAGCAAGAAGCUGAGUAUGCUCGUGAUUGUGAGAAGCUAUUGAAAGAACAGUAUUUUAGUGAAAUUUUAAUUCUUAAGGAGGAAGCAAAUAGUUUAAGGGAAGAGUUUGUAAAAGAUGAAAAUGUAAAUGAUGAACUUGAAAAUUUAAAGCAGCAUAAAGACUUAGUAAUAAAAAAGCUCAAGUUAAAAUUAAAGCAGAUAAUUGCAGCUAAAUCAGCAGAUAAAGUCUUAUUUGACGAUUCUUCUGCCAAGUUAUUAGCUGUGUUAAAUGAAAAGGAAAAUCAAAUACAGUAUCUUGUAAAUUCUAAUGCAAAAAUUUCAACUGUGUUAACUGAAAAAGAAAAUCAUUUACGAAAUCUUGAAGAAUCUAAUAUUAAGUUGUCUGCUGUGUUAACUGAAAAAGAAAAUCAAGUACAAAGUUUUGAAAAUUCUUAUAUCAAGUUUUCUGUUGUGUUAGAUGAAAAAGAAAAUCAAAUACAUAAUCUUGAAGAUUCUAAUGUCAAGUUAUCUGCUGAUUUAGCAGAAAAAACAAAUCAUAUACAGUAUCUUGAAGAAUCUAAUGUCAAGUUGUCUGCAGUUUUAGCUGAAAAAGAAAAGAAAAUCCAACAUCUUGAAGAUUCUAAUAUCAAGUUGUCUGCUUUGUCAGAUGAAAAAGAAAAUAAAAUACAUGAUCUUGAAGAUUCUAAUGUCAAGUUGUCUGCUGUUUUAUCUGAAAAGGAAAAUAAUAUACAACAUCUUGAAGAUUCUAAUAUCAAGUUGUCUGCAGUGUUAGCUGAAAAAGAAAGGAAAAUCCAACAUCUUGAAGAUUCUAUUGUCAAGUUGUCUGCUUUGUCAGAUGAAAAAGAAAAUAAAAUACAUAAUCUUGAAGAUUCUAAUGGCAAGUUCACUGUUGCUUUAGCUGAAAAAGAAAAUCAUAUACAAUGUCUUGAAAAUUCUAAUGGCAAGUUUUCUGUUGUGUUAGAUGAAAAAGAAAAUCAAAUACAAAUACUUGAAGAUUCUAAUGUCAAGUUAUUAGCAGAGUUGCAUGAAAAAAAUCAAAACAUUGAAAUUGUUGAUUCCAAAAGUAAAUAUGAUGCUCACAUAGAAGAAAAACAAAAUGAAAUAUUUAAUCUUAAUCAACAGUUGUUGAAAUACAAAGAAAUUCUUUUGUUACAAACCACAGAGAUUGCUAACCACAAUUCUGAGAAGGAUGACCUAAUUGCAACAUUAAAAGAAGAGUUAAUGUGGUUUAAAGAUUCAAUGGCUGAGCUCCAUCAAAAAGCAGAAAAGUACGAUUUGCUAUCUCAAGAACACCAUGAGUUAAAACAAACCAUGCAAAAGAAAAAUGAGGAAAUUGCUCACAAUAGAGAAAUUAUUGUUCUUAAAGAUAAUGAACUUUGUUAUUUGUCUGAGCAAGAGAGGUUAAAUAGAGAAGAAUUAAACUCUGAAAUUAGUAAAAUUUUAUCGGCACUAGAAACAAAGGAAUUUAUGUUGAAAAAUUUGUCAGAUAAAGCCAGUUAUCUUCAGUCUCAAGUCAAUGAUCUGACUAAAAAGUGUGAAGAUUUAGAAUCAAAUGUUGUAGACUAUGAUCAUUUAAAACAAGAUUUAGAUGAUGAACGAAGCUCUCAUAGUAAAUAUUCUAAAGAAGUUGAAGAUGUCAUAAUUGAAAAAGAUUGUUUAAUAGAUCAACUGAAAAAUAAUUGCAAUUUUUAUGAAGAACAAAUGAAAAAUUUGCUAAAAUACAAAGAUGAGUCGGAAAUACUGAAAAAACAGUUUGAUGAACUCAAUAAACUUUUGUUAAAUAAAGAAUAUCAGUUAUCACAAGCUUAUGAUAGCCUAAUCACUAGAGAGAGUCAAUUGAAUAACCUAAGGGUUGAAAUUGCACAGCGCGACCAAAUGAUUGUAGAUUUGCAAGGUAUUUUGCAAACUAAGGAAGUAGAAACAGAAAGCUCAAAAUCAUUAUCUGAAAUGAAUGAAUCUGUAAUUAAACAUUUAAAUGAAAGUGUAGCACUUAGUAAUGAUAGCUUAGAGGCUGAAAAAUCAAACGCUUUUUUAAUUCUGCAAAGUAAACAUUUAGAAAUACAAGAAAUGGCUGAUAGAAUUAAAGAACUUGAAAAUAUAAUUAAUAAACAACAAUUUACUCAGGUUAUAAGUCAAGAAAAUGAAACUUUAGAAUCUGAAAGAUCUAUUUUUGAAGAGUCAUGUGAAGAGUCAAGUCGAACUUUAGAAGAGCUUCAAAUGUUAAGAGGGUUUCUGGAGGGAUCUGAACAAGGUGUUUUUUCAUUGCCUAUUGAUUUCCAAGAAAAACCUGAUAAAUCUAUAUGUAGUUUAUGCAAAAAUAAAAAAUUUAAUCUGAACAAUAGCAAACUAAAUGAAAAUAUCAUAAACAAAGAAGAAUGUCAGUCGAAAGAUAAUAUUUUGAAUCCUCUCUCAGAAAAUGCUUCUCCGUUAAAACCGUUUUUAGAAAGUUCUUUGUCCUCAUCCAAACCACUUUUAGAAAGUUCAGCAUCUGCUUCAACACCAAUUAGGGAGAAAAAUAAAAAGAUACUAAAUGUAUCUGCAAUUGAUACGCCUUUAAUUGAUAAGUCAUUGUCUAAUGUCUCAUGUGAAAUUUCUAUUAAUGCUAGUACUUUAUAUGAUCAAGAAUCCGAACCUGGGUGGAAAGUUUCUGAAGAUCUUCUUUCUACAAAUUAUGCAUCUGAACACCCUGUAAAUUCUGAUCUUGGCUUGAUGAAACAAGUUGAAGAUCUUAUAGAGAACAUUGAGAAACUUUCAGCCAUUAAAGAGAGAAAAGAAGUUAUUAUUACAAAGUUAAAAUCAAAGUUAAGAAAAGAAAUUGAGGAAAAAUACAAGCUAAAACAAGAAGUCAACUUAGCAUCAAGAUUUCAAGUUGAAAUGGAAAAUCUAAAAGAAGAAAAUGCAAUACUUAAACAUGAAAACAAUAACAUGAAAACUUUAUUGUUAGAACAAAAUACCUCUAUUAUUGAAUUAAACAAAAAUCUUGAACAACUGCAAGAACACAAGGACAAAGUUAUCAAAAAAUUAAAAAUUAAAGUCAAGCAGACUAUUAAGGACAGAGAUCAUUUUAUUGAAAAUUUACAGUCUGAAAUUGAUCGUUUGUCAGAAGAAAAAGAUUUACUUUUUAAUGAGCUCUCACAAAAUCUCCAAGAACAAAACAUUAAAAUAUUAAAAUUAGAAGAAAGCAAUAAAGUUUUAACAAUGACAGUUAAGUCUCUUGAGGCUAAUGCAAAGGAAAAUGACUCUGCGUUCCAGGAACUUAAAAUAUCUCGUGAUUCAUACAUUGUGUCUUAUGAAGAACAAGUAUUUCAUGCUAAUAACAUACAAGAGGAACUAAGCAAUAUUCAACUAGUAAACCAAAAGUUAACAGAAUCAAUAAAUGAAAAGCUACAUAAUUUUGUUACAUUGCAAGAUGAAUUCAAAUGUCUUCAAAGAGAAAAUGAAGACCUUAAAAAAGACAUUAAGGAUAUUAAACAACUAAAUGAAGAACUGCAUAGAGAUUUAAGUGACAAAGAAUAUCAAAGUAAGAAGCUUGAGAAACUAUCAAAUAAAAUUAAGUUAAAUCAAGAGAGUUGGAAUGAGGAAAAAACAGCACUAGAAGAUGCAUUAAAAGUAAAAGAAGAUACGCUAGGAAAAUUGCUUGAUGAUCAUCUGGUUCUACAAAAAGAUUUGAUGUAUCUAAAAUCUCAAUAUCAGAUGUUAGAAGAACAAAAAGCAAAUGAAAUAGAAGAACUUUAUAAAAAGUGUCAAACUAAUGAAGAACUUUUCUCAAACUAUCAAACUCAUAAAAAAGAAAAUGAUACUCAAUUAGAGAAUAUCAAGAUUCUGUUUGAUUUAAAUGACAAUGGACAUUCGUUAUAUGACCAAUUAUCUGCUUAUAAGAUAGAAGUAACUUCAAGAAUUAAUGAAAAAGAAAUGGAAAUAGAAAAAUCAAAAUUGGAAGUAAGUAAUGUAUUGAAAUUCUUAGAUUAUAUAUUAAUGAAAUGGAAUCUUUAUAUUAAAGAAAUCGUAAAUGAAACACCUGAAAAUUAUGGAAUAAUACCUGGAAUAUCUGAUGAUACAUCAAUUCUUGAAUGGCCUGAGAGCUCUCUAUCAUCAAGUAUAAAGAAUUUUAUCAGUAACACACAUGAGUACUUAAUGGCUUUGAAUACAAAAAUGAUUGAUUUUGAACAGAAAUAUAAAGAAUCAGAAUCUUUUUGUCAAAAUUUAAAAAGCCAAUCACUUAGAGAAAAUGAAUCUAUGAAAAUUCUAGUUGCAAAAAUAAAUGAUGUUGAAGAAAAAUUAAACAUGAAAGAAGCAGACUUGUAUGAUCUUAUGGAAGAAAAUAAUGAGUUAAAAGAUGAACUAGCUGAUGUUAAAGAACAGUUAACAGAAACAACAUUUUUUAAAGAUGACUUGGAUAAUAAACAAUCGGCAUUAGUGGUUGAAAAUCAGUUGCUGAAAAAUUCUAUUGUUUCAUCUGAAUCGUGCCUACAAGAGAAGCAGGUAAUGCUUGAUUUAAAAGAAGAAGAAGUUAAAGGGUUAAAAGAUAAGAUUGUUCACAAAUCUGAUUACAUAAAAAAAUUGGAAGAUCAAGUACAUGAACUGAAAAAUGAGUUAGAAGUUGAAAUAAAGAAAAAUGCUCAGGCAAAAGAAACAAGUUUGCUAACUAAAUUUGAUUCAGCUUUACUUGACAGAUAUUCAUUAUUAGGUAGUUUAGAAGUUAAAGAAACAGUUUCUGACUUUGAGAAUCUUAUUUCAAAAAACAAUAAUGCUGAUUUAAAUAGUAUUCCUAAUGAUAUCAACAGAAAUGCUAAAUUGUUAGAUGAUAAUAAAACAUUUAGCUUAUCCUGUGCCCAAUGCAGAGAUAUGAUAAAUGAAUCUAAACAUUUACAGAAAGAAAGAGACUUUUUCAAAGAGGAGCUAAAGCGCUUAACCAAUGAAAAAAUCUCAAAUAAAUCAACCAAUCAGUUUGAUGAUAUUAGCUCUGGGCUGCGUACUGAUGUAGAAAUUGCGCUUAAAGAUCGACAUGAAUAUGAAACUGCAUUUGAGUUAACCGUGUUAGAACUUGAGCUAAAGUUAAAAAAUAACUUAGAUGAAAUUGCUUUUCUUUCAAACAAAAUACGCGAUAAAGAGAAGUUGUUAAAUGAAAAAGAGCAUGUAAUAGCAGAGUUGAAAUCACGUGUUGAAGUUGCUGCUGAGUUGCUCUCAAAACAAAAAUAUUAUGAAAAGAUUGAAUCUCGAUUACGAGAAGCAGAUGAUUAUGUUGCUACACUGAGUAAUGAAAAUCGUACAUUAGAUGAAAAUCUUAGUCGUAUGAAAUUAAGUUAUGAUAGUUUAAAAUUAGAGUUUGAGCUUUUAUCUAAUGAGAAAAAACAAAUUAAAUUAGAUGCUGAUGGCAAACUUGAGGAGGUUCUUUUUAGUAAAGCAGAAGAAAUUAAAAACUUAAGAAGCACAUUUGAUGCAAGCAUUACAGAAAAAGAUCAAAUGUUAAUUGAUCUGAAAAAACGUCUUGCAGAUCAGGAUCUAGUUGUUCAACAUGCUGUUGAUGAAGAACACAAUCGUUUAACAGCAGAAAUUACAAGAAAAGAGAUGGCUUUUAAUGAAAAAACUGAUGCGCUAGAACGUCGUCUAACAUCAUUAUUAAUGGAAAAAGAACAACAAGUUCGCCAAACUGUUUCAUCAAAUAACAUUGAAAUACAGAAAUUUCAAAAUGAUUUUACUGCACUUCUUGAAGAUAAAGAUAAACACAUAAAAGACAUGUCGUCUCAAAUUUCAGGAUACUUAGACAGAAUAAAUGAUUUGCAAAAUAAUCAAGCUCUUCUUCAAACACAGGUUCAAACAUUGCAAUCUAUAAUUAAAGAUAAGGAAGUACAGAAUAACUCAUUAAUAUCUCUCAGAAAUGAGAUACUUAAUAAAAAAUCAUCAGAAAUUGAACAGAUAGUAUUGAACAAAAGCAAACAAUUAAAAGAUUUGCGUUUUGAAUUUGAAUCUGUUUUUAGUGAAAAGAAUAAUAUCAUUGAAAAUAUGAGGGCAAAAAUCAAAACAUUAAAUAAUGAACAGACUAUUAUUCAAAGUAAUUUAAGAGACGUAAUUCAGCAAAACAGAUUAAUGGAACAAAGCAUUGAUGAAUCAGAGACUGAAAAAAUGGAAUUAGAUGCCCAAAUUUCUUUGCUGACCGAAUCUUUAAAAAAUAUUAAGACAGAACUCUUAAAUGAGAAAAACGAAAAUCAACAGUUGAAAGAAAGAAUGUUGCUAAUUAUAGAUGCAGAAAAGAGUUUUGAAAAAAAUCAAUUUAUAAUUAAUGAACUAAAUGAAAAAAUUAAAAGUUUAGAGUUGGAAAAUUCAAAAAAUAAACACGAUGAACAAAGUUUAACAAGUACCAUAGAAUCAAAUUGUAUUAAUAAAAACAUAGAACUGCUUCCAAAUAACAAUCCUUAUCCUUUAAAAGUUAAUGAGCAUGCUGAGAUUGCUAUUGAGGAUAGUAUUUAUUUUCAGAAAAUCAAAUUAUUAGAACAAUCUAUUAGUAACUUAAAAAUGGAGUUGCUAACAGUCACUUCAGAAAAAGAAAAUGCUGAAGAAAUCAUUCAUGAUAAAUACCAAAACAUUUUUUCCAGUCUUCGAGAAGAUUUAGAUAAUGCUCGACAGGCUAAUAUAGCUUUACAGGAAGAAAAUUUUUCUUUGAAAAACCAAAUUGAUGUUUUUACUAAUGUUGAUGCUAAAAGAUUAGGUUUGCAGCCAAGCAAUUUAUCGUCUCGCUCCCAGCUUCACUCCGAAAAGCCUCAUUCUUUUUUAAGUGUUGGAACUGUUGGGCCUUCAAGCAUGCAUGCAAAAGAUAACGAUUCUUUAUUGGAACAAUCGUUUGACACUUCCCCUAUUAAAAGUGAAAUUCGACUUGAAUUUAUUGAAUCAGUUGCAGAAGAUCAAACUCAAAUGGAAGCUCCAAUAGGAUCUGAGGAUUCUUCUAAAAAAUAUAUACUGAAGUUAAAAAAACUCUGUAGAAAGUUUAAAAAAGAAGCACAAGAAAGUAAAGACGAAGUAUUUAUAUUAAAAAAGGAACUAGAAGUAAUGAAAGAAGACUACCAAAAUUCACUAAAUAGCAUUUUGAAUGAUCGUCUUCUCUGUGAAAAACAAAUUAAAAACUUACGUGAGGAGAUUAACGAACUGAUUCAUGGAAAAUCUCAACUUAUAACAUCAUUGCAAACAAAUCAUGAACAGCAAACUAUGUUUCUGAAGAAUCAAAUAAGCCAAAUCGAAAAUCACUAUCAAGUUGAAAUAUCACAGUUAAAUGAAAAACUUAAUGCAAUGGUUCAGGAAACUUUAGAAAAAGAUGGUAUUAUAAAUGCUAACAAUGAAAGUUUAUCACAUUUAAAUGAGAAAUUGUUAAAUUUUGAUAAUGUCUUAAAACAAUCUUACUAUGAAAAUCAGCAAAAUCUUGUAAAGUUAAAUGAUUCUCAGAAAUUUAUAGAUGAAUAUCAAAAAGAGAUACAGACAUGUAAAAAUAAUAUAACAUCGCUAGAAAGUCAACUACAGUAUAUUGUUAAUGAAAACCUUCAAUUAGUAGAAAAAUUAAAACCUAAAAAUAAUAAAGAAUUUGGAAAUGAAAAUCCAUUAUUUGAUAAAGCAGAAAUCACUUUAUAUGAACAAUCAAUAACUAAUUAUCAGUUAGAACUUAGUAAAUUAAAUACGGAGAUUGAAAAGGUUCAUCAAAAAACUUGUGACUUAGUUGAAUGUCAUCUUGUUGAGAAGCGUGAUUUUGUCCAACAAAUUAGUGAGAUGCAAACUCGUAUUGACCAACUUUUAAAAGAGAAAUGUGAUAGUGAAGUUGCUUUAAAAUUUUUAAGAAAUGAAAUAUUUGUAAACGUUCAAGAAAAAGAAUUGUUUAUUCAACAAUGGAAAGCAAAACAAGAAGAAACUUAUAUGGAAAACGAAGAAGUUAAAGAAAACUUAAAAAAAGAAGUUCAACUUUUGAAUGAUGAAUUAGCGCAUGCGCAAGAUGAAGUACUGUUACUUAAUGAUGCGAUAUUUGAGUUAACCGAUAAGGUAAAAUUGUUGGAAGAAGCGAGAGAUCAAGAGGUAUCAAACUCUUACAAACUAGCUGAAGAGUUACAAUUGGUUCAUCAAGAAAAAGAACGUACUUUUGAGUCUAAAGAACAGUUAGAGAUUCAGUUAGAAUUGAUGAUAAAGCAAAUUGAUUCUUUAACCAACCAAGUAGUCAUUUAUACUGACGCUAUCGCAAGUAAAGAUACUGCUAUCUUAAACUUGGAAAAAAGUUGUGCAGAACAUCAGAUUAGUUUACAAAGCGUGCAAAUGUGUGUAGAUUUUCUCAAACAAGAUGUGGAUAUACUUCGACAAGAAAAAGCUGAGCUAGAAAGUCGUAUUCGUCGUGAUAUUCAGCAAGCGUGGGAUAAUUUGGUCACCGAUAACAAUAAUUAUCGGGGAGAGGUUUUAAAGAAAGAAAAAUAUAAUCUUGAAAUUCGGCGUGAACUGGAAACAUUAAUGCGCGAGAAAGAAUUCCUUUUAUCUGCUUUACGCAAACAAGAUUCUUCCACAUCAAACAUAGAUAACGAACAUUUACAACAUCAAAUCACGUUAUUACAGCGUGAAAAAAACGAUGCAAAUAGUCAUUUUGAUCAAAUAUGCGUUGAGCUAAAAACUGAAAUUGAUAAAAUAACGAAAGAAAAAAACAAUUUAAACUUAAGGCUUGUUACCUUACGUGCAAUGCUUGAGCAAGAAGUUAAAGAUCAUGAGAGGACAAAAUUUUACAAAGAACAAUUAGUGCAAAACAAAUAUGAUUUCUUUUCAAAAUUAAAACAAUGUUCUUUUAAGAUAAAAAGUGAUUUAAAUCUAUUAAAAAGAGAAACAGUAUCAAAUAUUGCUGAAAUGAAAAGUGCUUAUCAGCAGUUAAGUGAUAUUCUACCAGGAAUUAUAAAACGUUCAAGCGACAAAAGGUCAGAUAUUUCAUGUAAAAUGACAGCUGAGCUGAACAAAAAUGAUCUUUUAAGAAAAAUUGAAAUUCUACAAGAAUUAAAGCAACUAUCUGAUGCAAGAUUAGGUGAUGUCAUUGGUGUUCUUAAAGAAUUAGACCUAUUAAAACAAGUUAAAGAAAAGCUUUUAGUUUUGGAGAGUCGUCGUGCAGAACUUCAUGAAAGUUUCUCUGGUCAACCUAAGAUGAAAUUGCCGAAAAAAAUAAACAAAAGGUUAUUCGAAAAUAAAGUUGAAUUGAAUAAUAUUACAAAUCUAGAGAAAAGUGAAGAUACAAAUCAAGAUUUAAAGGAGCCAAAUAGAAAUCGUAAUAUCAAUCAAUCUUUUAACUUUGAAGGCAAUCAGAGUGCUACUCAAUCUUCGCCUUUUAGUCCAAGUAUUCUUGCAAACUCCGUGGAACUUAAUACAAGUCCCUUUGAAUUCGAACCUAGUACUCCCAAAAUGCAACGAAAUUAGUUUUUAUAUAUUGAAUUUAUAAUAAAUGGAUUAUUGUCCAGCA